UUUCAUAUUUCCUGUAGGUGGUGAGCUCACUAGCUUUCCUCUAAUCUUUACGCCAGUACAUCAUUUACAAAAGGUUUGGUCUGCCUGAUAGCUGCCAUGUGUUUGCAUAAACCCUUUACAGUACAGUCAACAGGGAGUUCACACACAAAUGUGGUAAGUUAGUUAACAGUAUUGGAUACCUUUUGACCUUGCGCUGACAGCCCGUGUCAGCUACUCCCCCCAACCCUAUUUCCUUUAACAGAGGACUUUGCACUUCAUAGCUCAGUGUUUGCUCCUGUCAGCGGUGUGGUAUGUGUGUUUGCUUUACUGUGAUUAGGAAUUAUUAAGGCGAACUCUCAUGUCAUCAAAUCUUUCCGUGUUGACAAGUCGGUUCAUUUACGCCACUGGCUGUGGCCGGACUCCAUUCAUCUCUGUUAAAAGCAAACAAGAGUGUGAAUAGAAGAGGAAUAUGUGAGAGUGAGAGUGUGUGUCUGAAAUGUGGCUGAGUGUAAAAGCCUGUGUUUCAGCCCUGUUUGCGCCAGCACGCUUGCCUCACUAGUACCUUAUUGCUCUGCCUUAGCAGAGGUCUUGUCUUACAGGUUUGCCCACACGCCCACACAUAAACACACACACAUGCUUUGACACAAACACCCACGGGGCGUGGAAAGAGCUUGGCCUUUUUAUAGUGCUUUUCUGCCUCUUCCAGUCAGUCUACUGUUCUGUAUUCCAGGAAUGAGUGCGUGACAAGUGUUUUUGCAGCUCACGGUGUGUGUUCGCUCCGAUUGCUCCGGCUGUGACCGUCACCUCAGCAGCAGGCAAUUGUCUCUCUAUCAGACACACUCAGGAUGGCAGAGGAGUGUGUUCCUGAGGGUCCAGACCUGGGAGAGAUGGGCGAGGAGGAAUUGUGGGAACUGAUUAACGACAACCGGCACAGGAUCUCUUUGGGGGUGCGGCCGUGCAUCUUGAUCCCGUACCUGAGGCAGGCCAGGGUGCUCACAGAGAUGGAUGAGGAUGAAAUUAUCUCCUGCCACAACCUCACCAACCGCAGCAUGAGAACGAGCUAUAUGCUGGAUCUGCUCAGGACCCAUGGGAGGAAUGGUGCUGUGGCCUUGCUAGAGAGCCUGAUGAUCCACUACCCGACCCUGUACACCCAAGUUACUGGACGCAAACCCAGCACUGAGCCUUCAAGAUUCAGUGGCCUGAUAAAGUACUCAGAGCUGACAGAAUAUCUGGUCAGAGCAGUAACGGGCAUGCAGAAGGAGCUCCAGGAGGCGCGUUGUGAGGCUGGGAGAAUGACUGCACGCUGUUCCUCCUUGGAGUCAGAGAUUAGGGAGAUAAUGGGGCAGGAGGAGAAGUCCAGAUGUCUUCAGUCUGAAAAUGAACGCAUGCGGAGACACUUGUGUUCUUUACAGCAUGAAGUCACCAAACUGAAAGAUGAGAAGUGUGACUUAUACAUGCGCUACACAGCAACCAUGGAGGAAAAAUCUGCCGUGAACAUGCGCUUCCAUGACCUCAACCUGCAGGUGUAUCAGCUGCAGACUGAGCUGCAGAAGGCACAAACAGAAAACGAGUUCCAGAAGCGACGCUCGCUCAGGUGUGCUGCCUAUGCUGAGACUCCACAACUGCAAGAGGAACUCAGGAGUCUGCGCUGCCAGCUGGUGAAGGUGGAAAAACUGGACCCAGCUCGUCAGGACAUCUUGGCUCAGGACCUGGCUGAGGCCAUAGACAGCCAGGUGGAGCUUGCGGAGCAGCUCAGGUGUUACAGAGAGGAGAAUGAAAAGCUGCUAACUGAGAAGCAAGGGCUCUUGGAUCAGAAGGAGUGCCUGAGCCUCCAGGUGCAGCAGCUGACCCUGGACUGUGACAUGCACCAGCAGAAGAACACUGUGAUCCAGAACCAGAUGAGAGAGCUGCAGGCAGAGAGAGACCAGGCGUACCUGUCCAGAGAUGAGGCCCAGGCUAUGAUCGCCCGCGUCCUCGCUGAGAAGGACACCCUGAGGUGUCAGCUGGUGGAGUUCCAAGAGCGGGUCUUCAGUCUGCAGGCCAAUCGCAGCCCCGGGGAACAGAGGCAGAGCAGUACCCAAGAGAUCGAGGUGGACUGGGACUACUCCAGAUCCAGCUCUGAAGAGUCCACAUUCCUAACUCGACGUAGACUUCGCCGCAUGGAUGCAGUCAACCCCAUGUUACACAGUCCCUUUAAUUCAGAGUGUGAAGAUGCUGCAGUAAACAGUGUCCGAUCCCGAAACGCUGAGCCUCCCAGUCCAGAGUCUCUCCGCAGAAGGGAGGAGGCCCUUUAUGUAGAUAGCAGCUUGGAAACAGCAGAGACUGACUCUCUAUUGGACGACUUUGUGUUUCUCCCCAGUGCGGCCAGUGAAGACAAGCAGACACCCAGGCUUUCCUCUUCUAAUGGCACCAGCACUGAUGGCCUGUCAAGAACCUCAGCUCCUCCCUUCCUGUUGCGCUCUCGUCCAAAAGCGAUUCGUGUCAACGGCCGUGUGCUCAGCAUCUCCUUCCAGGCAGAGGCGCUGCUCAGCCAGCUAGCAGUGAUUGGAGGCAAUAAGACCGGAGUGUUUGUGCACAAGGUGACAGAAGGAAGCGCCGCCCAUACUGUGGGCAUCAGCCCCGGGGCACAGAUAGUAGAGGUGAAGUACAAGCAGAACCAGCGGGCUUUGAGGAUGGUGCUGGAGGAUUCCACCUUAGAGGAAGCCAUGUGGGCUCUUGGCCAGAUCACAGGCCUCUGUCACCUCUCCCUCCGGCCUAGGCAAGAUGACUAUGAGGUGCUGCUUCAGCAGCUGCAGAGCAGUGAGUCAUCAUCCGGAGACUCCUUCUACGUACGUGUCAACAUGUCCCUCCCCGCCGGCCCAAACGGAACGCUGGCCGUGUCCUGCAAUGACAUUAUUCACGUGACAAACACACGACCCGCCAGCACUGAGGACUCAUGGCACGCUAGCCAAGUUCACCCCUGUCAGCUGCUGGACCUCCAGAGUGGAACUGUACCCAACUAUUACAGGGCACAGAGACUUCUGAUUCGAGCAAUUGAAGACAUGAGCUUUCAGAAAAAGAAGUCCCAAAAGAUGUGGCGUCCCGUGGCCCAGAAUAAGGAGAAGGCAGUGAGGAUUGUCAGCACUGGACGCCAGGGAAGGAACCCAUUGUGGGUCAGCAUUGAGGAUGAAAAGACCAAGAAUACAGACUCAGAUGACACAUCUGCAGCCAAAAGUUGUUUAUCCCUCAUGCCCUACACCCUGGUCACCCCCCACUACCCACCCAUCUGCAGGCCUGUCCUUCUGCUGCCCACUGUCCUGGGACGCAUCCUGGACAAGAAGCUAGCAGGCUGGCAAGGCUUUCAGCUCUGUGAGCCCGAGGUGCUGAACUCCAGUGAGCAUGCAGCCCUGCUGCAGAGGUCUGAGAUCCUGGAGGAGUGCGAGCAGGGAAGAAACUGCUGCUACACCCUGCAGAGUGUCGAGAAAGUCAUGAAGAAGGGGAUUCACUGUGUGCUGCCGCUGGGGCUGGACUGUGUGCGCCGGCUGCACCGGGCCGAGAUCUUCCCCAUCAUUAUCUUCAUCGGCCAGACUACACGUAGUGCUCGCAAACUUAGGUCAAAGCUGCAGCGUCACGGCCAGUCAGAGGAGCAGUUGCUGGCGUGUUCGAGGAGCGAGGAGCCGCUGCUGGACAAGCUGCCAUGUCUCUAUCACAGCAUGGCUCCAGACUCCUGGUGUGACCAGACGUCCCUGCUGACCAGCCUGCGCACCAUCAUCUGGGAGGAGCAGAAGAAGAUUGUCUGGGUGGAGCCUGACCUGUGGUGAAGCCGAGGACAGAACAGAACGGAAUCUUACAAAACACAGAAAAUAUACAAAUAGAAGGAAUUAUUAUUAGUACUCAAAGGGCUUUUUUUUAACAUGAUAAAAUGUUGAUAAUAUCUUAGAAGAGUAUAAACAAGCUUUACAAGAAAUAUUUUUGUAAACAUGAGUAUGUAUCUAUGAUACUUAGGAGUAACUGGGUGAACAAAGGACUCUCAUAUUGUGCUAUGUAUUGUACUUGUGUAUGAAGCUGUGUCACUACUUACUAUACCCAGAAACAUUUUCUACAUAAUGUUGCCUCCCUUUUUGAGGCAUUUGUUUAAUGGUGUGAGGUGUCCUCUAAAAACAAACAUGUAUCAUUAAAACAUACUGUGAUGACUUGUAUGUUCUGUAUAUCUACAUGUUGUAGAUCAUUUCCCACUAUGAGGGAUUUUCUUUUAAUGCUCAGGAUCUGUCAUAUCCAUAACCUCUACAGUCUGUAGACAUUUUUUAUGUUAAUCCAAUUAAAUCAAUUAGAUUUAGAUUACUGGACAGCAGAGAGUUGUCACUAUAUCUCAUUCUACAAUUGGUUUGCAAGAUUCUAGAUUGAAAGUGAAAUGCAGAGCAUGUGAUUAGAGUCUCCAUCACGAGAGGACUGUAUCCUGUAUGUCGGGUUCAUGACACAGAUGUUACUGCAGUUCUUUUUUGAAGCUUCUCUCUUCUUCUUACUCCUACUCUUCAUCACCUCUCUGACUUCCUCAUGGUGCUGCCAAGCAUUCAUAAACAUUCAGUCUGUCUGACUACUAUUCAUGACAUCCCUUUGACGUCCUGUGAAUUUUGUUGGCAGACUCUUCAAUGGAGUUUUCUUUAAUAUUUUUUGUUUUCAAUGCCUCUCACUAUUCACAUCAAUAAAAUCUUCAUGUGCAAAAA